ACAACUAGUAUCAAGAUGGCAGUGAGCGCGAUCGGUUGUGCGCGUGCGCUCGUUUUCCUGUUCUGUCUCGCUAAGGCCGAUGACAUUUAUAAUGUACCCGAAGUAACAAUACAGGCUUUCAAGCCUAAAGGGUUCCGGGCUUUUAUACCAGAUGCCCCGAAUCUAGCCCUCUUCGUAUUCCAAGGCAACAUCAACAGAAAAAUCGAGUCCACACAAGUGGGUGAACUCCAUGGAGAGGUGGUAUCACCCAAAAAUGGGAGGUGGGUGGUGGAGCUGCCCGACGUCGUGCUGGCGGUCGGCGACGUCAUCAACUACCACGUGUUCGCGUCUGUCAAGAGUGCUGCGUAUGUGAAGGAUAAGCUGACGUUUACUGUCACCGAAUUGGAAGACUACGAGUCGCGUGAAGCCCUAACGACGCCCACAAAUCCAAACUGCGCCCCAACUCUUACUCGGGUACGAGGAGGCGUCGCCUGCGCUGGACAGACCAUCUUUGAGGAGAACUUUGAUUCAUUAAGAACAGACGUAUGGCAAGUGCAGCAAUAUGUUCCUGUAGACCAUUCUGAGCAUCCCUUCGUAUCAUAUCAACGAUCUGCAGUCUCUGUGCAGAAUGGGAACCUGCGUAUCGUCCCAUCACUACAGCAGAACCAGCCAGGGUUCUCAGCUGAUAGCAUGCUGGAUUCGUUGGAUUUAUAUAAAGGUUGCACAUCAGAAACAUCAGGCGCUUGUUUCGUCCAAGCUAACGACGGCAGCGGCAUCAUACCGCCCAUAGUGAGCGGUCGCAUCAUAAGCAUGCCCGGCUUUGCGUUCACGUACGGAACCGUCACUGUGAGGGCCAAACUGCCACAGGGAGACUGGUUGUACCCAGAGAUCUUACUGGAACCGUUGAUGAAGAAGUUUGUCUUCGGAAGCGUGAACUCGGGAGUUCUGAAGAUAGCGUGUUCAAGAGGCAAUAAGGAGCUUAAUUCCGGAUCCACUAACUAUGGAAAUAAAGUGAUAUACAGCGGGCCGGUCAUUGAUACCUCUUGCUACGACACAUUGCUUGUCAAGAAGAACUCAUAUACCUUCUGGGGUGACGGUUUUCACGAUUAUUCUGUCAAAUGGACGCCAGAGCGUCUGAUACUAUCUGUGGACGGACUGGAAUACGGUCGUAUAGAACCAGCGUCUAACGGGCUGCGGGGGCUACUACCGGCCUCUUGUUCCGCUGUACAACUAACUGGGAUGGCACCUUUCGAUGACCACUUCUACAUAACCCUCGGCUUGGCUGCAGGUGGACACACAGAAUUCCCUGAUAGUUCCUUAUCACAGAACAGCCAUGAGAAACCCUGGAAGAACCAGGCUUCCAAGGCUGCUCUUCGGUUUUGGAACGACGUGGACGCGUGGAAAGCGACGUGGCAGCAACCAGAGCUGUUAGUUGACUAUGUCAAAGUGGUUGCCCUGUGAUUAUAUCAUUAUAUAUCUUACCUAUAUGGUCAAGAGAAGACUACAGCAUGUUGUGAAGUAAGGACCAAGAGAACGGAGUUCUCCUUCUCAUUGUACCUACCUAUUUCUAGUAAGUAGAUAGGUAUACCAGGCAAAUGAGGUAUCCGCAGCAAGCUCGGUUCUCCAUACAUACGUAGUUACGUUCUCAUUUUAAAACGACUAGCUAGAUUGGUCUGAUACUUUGUACUUACAGUAGGAUAAGGUAUAUCUAUGCCUGUAAUUAGUUUAUGUAGCUUCAGAUAUCAUUGUAAAAAAAUACAGCGAAUUUAAGUUUUGCAUACGAAACUUGUUUACUCCAUUUCGUUUGUUUUAUUAGCUAAUUUCUUUAUUUCGAUACUUCUCUGAGAUUCCCACGUGACAGGCUGAGCCUAGUGUGGGGAUCAAUGUACUGCUGGUCUUGUAAUGCCAAAUUCUUGAAAUAAAUAUUAUUCUUAUUCUUAUUCUUAAUUACAGGCAUAGAUAUACCUCAUGUCAUUGUAUUUGCAAAGUUUCAUUAAAAUCCAACACGCUAGAGAGGUAUGGGCAUUGUGAAUGUCAUCUCGCUUUGUGUGGUAGGGCACAGCCAGUGGAUGUCAUUCCAGUUAACGUUAAAGUACCUCCACCUUACAGAAAACAGCAGCCAAAUAACACUAGCUAGACCCUACUCAUAGUGUUGUGUUCCUGCCGGUGAGUAAGGUUGCCAGAGCCCAACUAGGGGGGGCGGUUUAGGGUCGGCAACGCGUAUGUAACUCCACUGGAGUUGCAGGCGUACAUAGGCUGCGAAGACUGCUUACCAUCAGGCGGGCCGUAUGAUUGUUUGCCACCGACGUAGUAUAUAAAAAAAAGCGCUGUAUUAAAAUGAGAACGAAAGUCUGUUUGUAUGGGAAGGUGAAAUUCGGCAGAGCUUGUGUGGACUCUUUAAAAGGUUACAGAAAUUAUAUUCAUAAUCACGACCUUCCUUUUUCUCGAUCUCAUCCUUUUGUGCCUCUAGGGUAUUAUCCACGUGCCAUGUAUAUUUAUUAAGCGACGCCAAACAUUCCAAUAAAAAUAAUUCAUAUAA